AUGGCCAAUUCCAACCUUCAGCGCACACGAAUGACUGUUACUAUUGUAUACCAAGCAUGCGUGGGUCGCCCUCGCUCGACCUGCGUUGGUGGAGCAUACCGUUUGAACAUCCCUCUCCACCCUGACUUGGCUUUCACCCGCAAGAUGGCGACGAGCUUGAACGGGAAGGAAGCGAGCACAGCCUUCAUCUUCAUGACGGCCUCUAUCGCUACCUCCAUGUACACGAGCUGCCAAUGCUGGUACCGGUGGCGUACCGGCAACCAUUCUCGGCAGCCAUAA